AAAAAGUAAACUCAAUGUUGAAAAAGAAAUAAGCAUUAUUAUUAAGAAUUUAUAGAAUAUCUCUUUUUUUUUUAAAGACAAAUAUAUCCUUGCUGUGACUGCUCCCUCAGCCUGUCCCUCCUCACUCUCAUAUUAGGCCAACAAUGGGAACCACCACAGACACCCAUCAAUUCAAUUCUUCUCUCCAUCAUUGCUUUAAAACCAGCUUCUUCAAAAGUAGGUGAUUUGGAAUUUUUAUUCCCCAACACUUCUUCCAUAACUUUUCCUUUUUCUCCCCUUAAUCCAUGGAUACUGCUCAAUGGUCAGAGGGAAUUGGGGUAAUUAAUAAACCCAUGGAAGCUGCCACAAGACCUCUGGUUGAGAGAAGAACAAGGCUUCAAAAGGAUCAAGCUUUGAACUGUCCUAGGUGCAAUUCCACAAAUACUAAGUUUUGUUACUAUAAUAAUUACAGUCUUUCUCAGCCUCGGUACUUCUGCAAGACUUGUAGAAGGUACUGGACUGAAGGUGGGUCUCUGAGGAAUGUUCCUGUGGGGGGAGGUUCAAGGAAGAACAAGAGGUCAACUUCUUCUUCUUCAACACCAUCAUCAAAAUCAACAUCAACAUCCCCUGCCGCUUCUUCAAAGAAGCUAGUUAUUGAUGAUCUGAGUACCCCGGUAGCUUUCCCUCAGUCUUGUUCUCAAAACCCUAAGAUCCAUGAAGGUCAAGAUCUGAACUUGGCUUACACAUCGACUGAGGAACAUCAUCACUUCAAUAGCAUUCCAAAGUUUCCUGAUGUGCCCUUUAGUUCUGAUGACAACAAAAGCCACCAUCCAAACCCUAGCUCUACUGCCAUGGAGCUGCUCAAGACAGGAAAUAUGACAUCAAGGGGGUUGAUGAGUCCAUUCAUGCCAAUUCCAGUUUCUGAUUCCAGUACCAUAUACUCAACUGGGUUUCCAAUACAAGAAUUCAAACCAACCUUGAAUUUCUCUCUUGAAGGGUUUGAAAGUGAGUAUGGGAAUCUUCAAGGGGUGCAAGAGAAUGAUCCUGCAAGGCUUUUGUUUCCCAUGGUGGACUUGAAGCAAGUUCCAAGCACUAAUCAAGUGGAGCAGAAUAAAGGGCGGGGAAAAUCUGGUGGGUAUUGGACUGAGAUGUUGGGAGGAGGAUCAUGGUGAAAUGAAUAGAAAGAACUGAGAAGUUCAUAUUUUCCUGUUUGCUUCCUUACUUCCUUCAUGUUGGGUGUGUGGUUUGGUUUGAUUACUAACAGCUAGGGACCGAGUACAUGGGUUUCCUUUUUCUUUUCAGCUUUGUUCUUCCUCGCAUAAUUAUUGCUAUAUUAGAUAGUUUAGUCUCCUUUCCUUCUAAAUUUCUCUUUGAUCAUCAGUGUGAGGGUUUUUGAGGCUUAUGUUUUAGGUUGGCUUCAAAAGGGUGAUUAUCACAUUCAGUCAAUGCUGUCAAUUGAAAUGGAAGAAUCCGAAGCUUUCCUUGCAUCACAUGCUCAUCUCUCUCUCCUUUUUAAGGCUUCCAUGCAUACAUUCUCCUUUGCUAAAUACUGGGGUUAAUUGCAUUGUGUUUUUAUUCACAGCAAGGGAUGAUAAUAUAAUAUCUAUGUAUUCUUUCCAUCUUUUUCUUUGUUAAUUCUAAGUUUGUUGUUAGGUGUAGCACUAUAAAGAUUAUGUAAGCAG